GGGCCCGGGUCUCAGCCAGGGGCGGUGCCCGCGAACCCGCGCGCCGCCACCAUGAGCUGCGCCGCGCUGCUGGGACGCCGGGGUCCGCGGCUCCUGGGGGCUGCUGCCCGCCCGCCCCGCUGGAGCAGGCGGCGCAGCGGCGGCUGCGAGCCCCCAGCAGGCGCCGCGGUGCGCAUCGGCUGCGCCUCGGGCUUCUGGGGCGACACAGCGGCCGCAGUGCCGCAGCUGCUGUACGGCGGGAAGCUGGAUUUCCUCGUCUUCGAUUAUCUCUCCGAGGUCACCAUGUCGUUGCUGACGGCCGCCAAAGCCCAGUCUCCCGUUUUAGGUUACACUCCAGAUUUUGUCUCUGCUGCAAUGGCUCCUUAUAUAAAUGAUAUUCACAGGAAAGGUGUUCGUGUCAUCAGUAAUGCUGGUGGAAUUAAUCCACUUGCUUGUGCAGCUGCCCUUCAGGAGGUGGCAAAGAAAGCAGAUGUUGAUUUGAAAAUAGCUGUUGUUGCUGGAGAUGACCUAAUGAAUGAGAAAGAGAACCUGAAAGGAGCUGGUAUCACUGAUUUAGAGAGCGGCAAACGAUUUCCAGAGAAUAUUCAUAGCAUGAAUGUGUAUCUUGGUGCAAGACCAAUAAGCAGAGCUCUUGACCUUGGAGCUGAUAUUGUUGUGACAGGUAGAUGCGUUGACAGUGGGAUUGUAUUAGGACCACUCAUUCAUUCUUUUGGCUGGAAUAGGGAUGAAUUUGACUUGCUAGCUGCAGGAAGCCUUGCAGGUCAUCUCAUUGAAUGUGGUGCUCAAUGUACAGGUGGAAUAUUCACUGACUGGCAUGCAGUACCAGACUGGCACAACAUAGGCUUUCCCAUUGUAGAAUGUUCCUCUGAAGGAGACUUUAUUCUUUCCAAGCCACCAGACACAGGGGGACUAAUCUCUUUUGGCACUGUAGCUGAACAGUUGGUGUAUGAAUUGGGCAAUCCUCAGCGUUAUCUUUUACCAGAUGUCACAUGUGACUUUUCUGAAGUUUCCAUCACUGAAAUUCCAGGUUUUGAUGGUGGGGCAGUGAAAGUUCACGGAGCAAAAGGAUCACCUCCAUCAAUGUUUUAUAAGGUAAAUGCCACUUAUCUUGAUGGCUUCAGAGCUACUGCUGUCUGUCCAGUGGGAGGUCCAAAGGCAGUACAGAAAGGAAAACGCACUGCGGAAAGUAUUCUGCAAAGGACUCGUCUUAUUUUCAGUCAGCUUGGGUAUGAAGAUUACAGUGCAGUUAACAUACAGGUUUUAGGGUCUGAAGAUACAUAUGGACCUCAUGCUAGAAGGAGUAUAGAUGGUCAGGGUCCUCGGGAAGCUGUUAUUUGGCUUGCUGUACACCAUAAGCAAAAAGAAGCUGUAGAAAUCUUCUCCAGAGAGAUUGCAUCAGCUGGAACUGGCAUGGCACCUGGCCUCACUGGAGUUGUUGGAGGGCGCCCCAGAGUAUCUCCAGUUCUGAAGCCAUUUUUCUUCUAUUAUCCCAAAAGCAACGUUCAGAUCAACCUAUUUUUAAAUGGACAGCACGUUGAGACAUUUGAGGAAGAUCUCACAUUUACAUCAGAUGAGGUUGUUUCAGUUGAUCCACCUGAGAUCAGCAGUGAACUGAAAGAUCUGCCAAGUGGUCCACAUACUUAUCGCUUAGAAGAUCUUGCCUAUACUAGAAGUGGAGACAAAGGCAACUCUGCAAACAUAGGUGUGAUAGCACGGCAUCCCCUCUACUAUCCAUACCUAAAGAAGACUUUAACUGCUCAAGCCUUGGAAGAUUACUUCCAGCACCUUCUAGAGCGAGAAAAACAUGAAGAACUAGUCACAAGGUAUGAGUUGCCAGGAAUCCAUGGAUUAAAUUUUGUUCUGAAGAAUUCCCUUGGUGGUGGUGGCCUAGCAUCCCUAAGAAGUGACCCACAGGGCAAAGCACUUGGACAGAUGCUCUUGGAUUUCCAGAUUAAAAAUGUUCCUGAUUUGAAAUCACUGAUAGAGUAACAGGUGUCUAAUACACAGGCUUUUAACACUGAGUGGUAUAUAAAAACAUGUUAUAAACAAGAACUGGCUUCUUGGGUGAGAUUUUUUUUUUUUUUAAAGAGUAGAAAUUAGUGACAGUUAUCAGAGGCUUAACUGUAUGGCAGAGAUUAGCAAAUGUUUUGAGUAAUACCAGACUAAUAGCUUUGUCUGUGACUGAUAACAUUUCCUGUAUAGUUACUACAUUGGAUGAAGAAUUAAUUUAUUUCCUGUAAAAUAGAAUUAAUCAAAUUCCAACAUAACAUUUAAUUGUAAGACAAGAUAAUCUUUGUUCCAAGAUGAAAAUUACUUCCUGUUCAGUCCAUCUCCCUUUUCCUUCUCUCAGUCUUCAUUUGAAAAAAUAAAAUGGACUGAUGUAGUUGAGCUCCUGUCAGCUCUGUCCGUCCUGUGCAUAGAGCGAUGCUGGGUAACCUGCUGUGCAUCGGUAUGAAGUCAGCACUGCCUGGUACUGGGAAACAGUUUUCCCUGUUGGACAAUAAAGUAAUAAUUGUUAAUGUUAUAGAGUCGCUGGUAGUAAAUGCUGACCUUUGGUGGUGAUCCACCCAACUUCUAGCACUUUGUCCAGUUAAUGACAUACUUCAUUAUUACAGUUUCCAACAUCUCUUACUAAUUAACCCAUCAGUUGAAAGUACUGACUACUAAGUCAUAUGUUUUGGCAUAGGAAUAAAUUUGAAGAUUAGGCCAGAAUUUCCACUCUCUCCUGUCCUCAUAACUGUCUGUAUUUCCUCUGCAGAAGCCAUAUAAAUAUCACUCUGCAUGUUCAGGCAUUUCAUAUUCAGAAAUGAAUCUUUAUCUUGGGGAGAUUGUAUUAAUUGUUUAGUGCUGACAAAAUGACACAUUACUAAUAUCAGAUAAAAUGCUGAAAAUAAUUAUUUUGUAAUUGUCACCAAAACUGUUAGUUGUUCCUAAGUCUCAAUCUGUGCUACCACUAUUAUGAAUUUCCUAGCCUCUUGCUUACUAAUGAGGAUGAUACAAUGAAUUGUUCCCACCUUUUCUGUGGUUUUGUUCGUUCGACUUGAAGGUAUCGUAAGUGAACACUUUAUACAUCUAAGCAUAUUAUUGUCUUAGCGGGUGUAAGUACUGUCUGUGUAUACUGCUUGAUUCAAUCUAGUUGUAAAAAAUUAGCUAAUAUUCAUUGCAGAAAAAAUAUCCAACUUAUUAACCUCAAAGGGAAAAUGGCAUGCUGGUUCUAUUAUGUUUAAGUCAUUCUUCAUUAUAAAACUCUUGUUAAUAAUUUGAAAGCCUGUUAGUUUAGCAAAACAGACAAAGGUAUUGAGAGGAAAUGAAAAAGUGAUAGACCUCAGUAGCAAACCUACAAGGAUAAAAAGGCUACAGUAAAUACUUGCAGUUCACUCAAUACACUGCUUAAGUGACUCUGUAAAUGUGUAUGCAAUAUUUUUUGAAUAAAAGUGAACAUUUAUGAAGUA